AUUGAGAAAAACAAUACAAUUACUCUUUUUUUCUCAUCCCUUAUUUUAUCGUUCUCUCUCUCAUCUAUUCCAACUGUCAGAGUUCUUAGAGACCAUAAUGUAGGAAGGUCGCCUUCCUGUAUCAGCGGUAUCAGAGCCAUUUGAGCAGUUGCUGCUUCAAUCUCUAUUAUACACCAUUGUUAGAGCUUCAACCCAGCUUUGCACAUCAGGUGCUUGACAAAUUGUCAGCAAUCACUAGAAAAGUGUCUAUACUGGAGGAACAAUUGAGGCUACAAGAGGAAAAAAGGUGGAACAGCAGGCCCAAAGUUGCUGCGAGAUAUACAUUGAGGGACGUGAUGAUCUCACUCCAAGAAAUGAAUGGGAGAUUGAAUCAGCUGAGGAAAAUAGGAACACAUUCUCUUCAUCUUUUUCCAAGGAUGGUGGAUUACAAGGUGAUGGAUGCAAUCCAACCAGGAUCCAGGAUUGCUUGCAGUAUAUGUUUGGUAGAUUAUCCAACAGAUUCCAUGUUUUUUGUUUCUUGUGGCCAUCAAAUCUGUAAUUUCUGCUGGAAAGACUACAUUGAAGAAGCUAUCAACGAUGGUGCGAUGCCCUGAUUCAUUGUGUGAAGCUGCUGUUGCUUUUGACUUUAUAGAACUGUUGUUGUUAUCUUCUUAGAUCACCUUCUUAGAUCUUUUCUUUCUAGCAGUGGGGUAUGGUUUAAAAAUUUAACUUCCAUUUUAUCCUGUAAAAGAUCUCUUCUGACUUUUGGAAUUGUCGGUAAUUAAAGGAGAUUAAGUAUUCGUAUAA